AUGGCCUUCAACAAUGCUCAAUUGCAUCCAGCUGCAGUGUUUAGCAACAAAGGGUUUAGCAGCCCUGCUGCCUAUUCUCGAUAUCUUCGCAGAUUUCGAGAUCGUCCCAUUCAACCCUCCUUCUCCAUUCAGCCCUCGGGUUUCACCAAAUAUGACCUGAAUGUGUCCUCUCUCAUUGAUAACUUGGGCUGGGGAUCACUGACUGAGGACAUGCGAUUCAGUUUCUGUCCAGAAGUAGUUCGCUUGUUCUAUGUGAAUCUUGUUCCAGGUCCUGGAUGUGAUCCUGCCUUCUUCACAACAACUGUGUUCAACUAUGAUAUCACAGUCACUCCUGCUUUGUUAGCGAAUCUCCUCGAUCUACCUCACACUGGGCUUAGAGCAGGCACUGAUGGUGAAUUCAUCUCUCGUGGAUUUAGAUUUGAUAUCGUUCUGGAUCGGUAUACGCGUGAUAUAGGCGAUUUCUAUCCUUCUCCCCUUGCAGCUGGUCGUCUCCCUGAUGAUUUGAAAGUGCUCCACUUCUUCAUCACCAGGCUUUUCUUGCCUCGUGAUCUCUCUGCUUCUGAUAUUCUUCACUCAGCUGACUUAUGGAUCUUGUCCAAUGCUAAAGAAGGACGUCUCAUCAGCUAUGCCUCACUCAUGUUCUCCCACCUCAUUAAGUUUGGUAUUGAGUACUACAGUGGUCCCCUACCCUUUGGACCCCAGAUCACCAACCUUCUGCACAAAGUGGGCAUUGAUCUGCGUGACAAGGUCAUGCGAUGCAAUGUGCUUGAUGAUCUUAGACCCCAGCAUGUUCUAGCCAAGCUCAAUGCUGAAGUUGGUCCCCGUAAGCCUAUCAUUGGCUCAGGGGGAGUCAUAACAAGUCCUGCAGCCUAUGCCUCUGGAAAAUUUGUUGAUUCUCUUGUUGAUGCAGCUGUCACGGUUAUUAAACAAGGAGCGACAGGUUCAGGCAAGCAGUCUACUGCCUUGAAACGACUGAGAGAGCAAGAUCUAAUGUGGCCCAAAUUUGUGUAUGAGGCAGGAGCAGUGAAUGACUCAUUCAGCUCUGACUCAGAGUCAGAAGAGUCAGAGGAAGGGGAUAGAAUCUCUGAGUACGAAUCUCCUCCAGAAUAUCCCUUCUAA